AUGAAAAAAAACUCAACCUCAAAAAAUGCAAGAUUAUUAUCACAAUUAGAAGAAAUUUCCUGCAUGUUAAAUCAAAAAAAUGCUACAAUAGAAAACAAAUCCAAUUUAACUAAUGAUACAAUUAAGCUCAAUACAGAAAUUCAAUCAUUUAUGAAUGAUACUCGUAAUGAACUUCAAUUUUAUCUUGAAGACAAUAAUAUUAAGAAUGACACAGAAAAAUGUCAAAAGGCAUCCACAUACAUAAAUUGGAGGGGAAUGGACUAUGUUAAUUUGCUAUUAAGUGAAAAAGAAGAUUAUAAUAUCUCCUGUCUUGUUGAAAAAUGGAAUAAGAAAAAAGGAUCUUUUGAAAGAAGUAUAGAUGAAGAAAUAAAUUCAACAUGUAAUGCAACAACUUUUGAUUAUUGUGCUAUUUUGAAUAAAAAUGAAAACUGCACUAGACCUUAUGAAUAUAAUGAUCUAUCAGUAAGCCCAUUAUUAACAUACGAUAAACUCAGUCAAGAUACUUAUAGUACUAACAAAACUAAAAUUAUUGAAGAUAGAGAGAAUAGGUUUCACAAUAUUACUAAUGAUAUAUCUCAUUACUAUUACCAAAUGUAUGAAAGUAACAGAUCUCCACGUAAUUGUGGAAAGUGGAGUAUGUAUAUAUAUAAGAGAGGAAUGCAAUUUGUUAAUAUGUACACCAAUGAAUUUUAUAAUGAUGAAAGAUAUAUAAAUAAUUCCAUUACAAGAUGGAAUCAACAUAGUAAUAAUAUACAAACUGCUGUGUUUGAUGAUACUAAAAAUCAAUGUAAUAUGACAACAUUAAUUUAUCAAAUUAAAGAACGAAAAAAUAGAACUGAUCCAUAUAAUUUAGAUUGGCUUCCUUCAAAUAGCACUCAAAAUAAACCUAAUGAAACCUUAUAUAAUACAACUAUAUUACAAGAUAAUUUACAGCCUACAACUGAAAUUCCUAAUGCAUUACCUAAUGUUACCACUACAAGUUUAUUGGAUAGCAAUACGAGUAUUGAUAAUAACAUAAGUGGUACCAAUACCUCUGAUAAUAUAUACAUAAGAACCACCUCUGUACCAUCGAUGACUACAGAUAAAAUUGAUUUAGAAACUGCAACCACAAUUUCUCCAAAAGACUCAACACAAUCCAAUUCUUUAACUCCAAAUGAUACAAUACAUCCUAAUACUAAUAAUAUAUCUAACACAACCUCAUCAUCACAUUCCCCCGAGGUUGUAACAUCUCCUACAACUGAAACAUUACCUUCAAAUUCUACUACAAGUAGUGGCACACCUUCGGUUACACCUUUACCUGGAGAAAUAUCUGCUACAACGGCCAAUGAUUAUUCUAAUACUACUAUGAAGUCAUUUACAAAUAAUACUGCACCUUCUACUACUAUCACUCCACCUCUUACAACUGCAUCUUUGCCUUCUGAAAGUGCAAUUUCUGUAAAAAAAAUUAUACCUACAAAUAGCACUGAAUCUCCUACAAUUGAUUCUUCUUCUUCUGAGAUUGAACCUUCUCCUACAACUCCUACACAUAGCUCUACACCUUCACUACCUUCAUCUACUCCUACGAUCACCAUUUUGCCUUCCACAAAUAAUUCUGUAUCUCCAACUGAUAACACAGAACAUCCUACAUCUACAAUUGACUCUUCUAUAAGUGGUAAAAAAUCUUCGUCAAUACAUAAUUCUACAGAUUCUAUAUCUAAUAUGGAAUCUUCUACGAGCAAUACUACACAUUCUACAGCUACAUCUUCUUUUUCCACUGAGAUAAAACCAUCUGAAACUACAUCAUCAAUUUCCUCUAAAACUACAUCUGUUAUUAAUCACGAUUCUCCCACAAUUGAUAUGAAUACUUCUACAAUUAAUUAUGAUUCCAUAAAUAGAUCUGAAACUUCUAUAAAUACACCUAAAUCCUCUAUUCCUCGUGUUGUGUAUCCUACAACUGUAACUGAAUCUUUUAAAGAUACAUCUAUACUCCCUACGACUGUAGAUACUAAUAUUACUAUCACUUCACCUUUAACAGAUAAUUCUACACCUUUCUCGACAAAUGGCAUUGAAAAUUCUACUACUACCAUUGAACCUUCUACAAACAGAGUUGCAUCUCCUGAAACUGACAUUACAUCUCUUGCAAUUAACACUACAUCUCCUACUUCUGAUAUUAUAUCUCCAACUCCACUUUCAUAUUCUCCUGAUAAUACACCUAUUCUCACAACUCCAACUGCUUUUUUUCCUACAACAAAUAACAAUUUACCUUCAAAUCAAACAGAUAUUAUCCAACUGCAGAACCAAGAAAAUACACAUGCCCCUCUUAUGCAGGCUCAACAAUAUAAACUUGAAAAUAAUACUGUAAAUGCUUCAAUAAGUCCAAAUGCGACUGUUCCAUAUACUUUGACGCCAUCCCCAUCAAAUAUUCCUACGAAUGUUAUGCCUACAGUUAAACCUACAGAUAAUUUAUUAAUAAUGGUUUCAGGAGGUAUUUUUCUUUUAGGAAUUAUUUUUUUUUUGAUUCUUCUUUGUAAAUAUACUCCCAUUGGAUCUUGGAUUCGUAAUAGGAAGUCAAAAAAAAAAAAAGCAAGAAAAAAGAUUAAGAAAAUAACAAGGGAACCGUUGUUAAUGGAUACAAACAAUAUAAAGAAUGAACCAAUAAAUAAUGAAAAUUAUUCGUUCUUAUACCACGAAAAAGAAAUACCACUAUGUGAUAUGAUUUUGGAAAAUGAAAAUGAUUUGAAGUAUAAACAUGUGAAGAAAUCCAAAUCACAUAAAGGAAUGUAUAUGGAAAAUGACAAAGAUUUGAAGUUUGAAAAAAUGAAGAAAUCCAAAGCACAUAAAGGAAUGUAUAUGGAAAAUGAAAAAGACAUGAAGCAAGAAAAAAUGCAGAAAUCCAAAACACAUGAAGGUACCUAUAUGGAAAAUGAAAUAGAUUUGAAGUAUGAUAAAAUAAAGAAAUCCAAAGCACAUAAAGGAAUGUACAAGAAUAGUGAAAAAGAUUUGAACUAUGAACAAAUCCAGAAAUCUAAUGCUCACGAAGGAACGUAUAUGGAAAAUGACAAAGAUUUGAAGUUUGAACAAAUUAAAAAAUCCAAAACACAUGAAGGAAACUAUAUGGAAAAUGAAAAUAAACGCAUUUGUGAUGUUACAGAAGAAGAGUCAAAUAAGAAUGAAAAUGAACUUAUAUGUGAAGAAAAAUUAAAUAAAGAUAAUCCUAAAAGUGAAAUUGAAAAAGCGGAAUUGAAUGUAGAUGAAUCUAGAAAUGAAAUUAAAGACGAAUUAAAUAAAAAUAGAUUAGAAGAAAAUCCUUUUCAAACUGUAUUGAAUAUUAGAAAUGGCACAUUAAAUGAGGAAAUAGAAAAUGAAAUAAAUUUACAAAAAGAAAAACCUAUAUGUGAUUUUGAAAUGAAAAAUUUAGAAAAUAAAACGUCAAUCAAGAAUGAUGUAUGUAGUUGGAAUACAUGGAUAAAUAUACAUUUGAUAGCCUUACUUGAAAAUAAAAAAGAAGAAUGGAAAUUGAAUAAAACCGAAUUUUUUAAUAUUUGUUUAGAAGAGAUCAAAAAAGAUGGAGAAAAUUCUAAUUUAAAAGAAAUGGGAAAUAAUUUUGUAAUGAAAAUAAAAGAAGAAAAUAAUACCGAUACAAUAGAUAAAAAUAGUAGUAUAUUAGAGAAAUAUAAAAAUGAAAUGUGGUUUAUUAAUUUGAAGAAAGAAUGGAAACAAGAACAAGAAAAACACUUACAAUAUUUAGAAGAACAUGAAAUUAAAAAAAUGUCAGAAUUGGGAUUAAACAAUUUUAUUCUAGGUAAAAAAAAAAAAAUCUGGAAGGAAUGGAUAGAAUGGCAAAUAAAGCAUUCAUACGAAUACAAAAAUCAGAAAUGGUUUGUACAAUUGCAAGAAGAAUAUGAAAAAGAAGAAAUUGAAGAAAAUUUAAAGGAAGAAAAUAUAGAGAAAGAAGGAAAUAACGGAAUAGAUAAAAAUGAAAUGAAGAAAAAUUUGGAAAGGAGAAUUUUGUUAGAUAUUUAUAUGAUGUUAUUAGAGGAAUGUAUAAAAGAAGAGUUGCAAAAAGAAGAAGAAUUUUAUAAAACGAACAUAAUAGAGAUAAGAAAAUUUAAAAAUUUGGACGAAGAAACAAAUAAAUUAGAAAAAAUAGAGAGAGAAAGAAGUUCGAAUGUUAUAUCAGAGAAAGAAAAAGAGGAAAUAGAAAAAUGGAAAAAAGAAAAAUGGUUUAUUGAGUUAAUGUUAGAAUGGAAAAAUAAUGAAGAAAAAUAUAUGAUGGAGAUAAAUGAAGAAAUUUUAGCAAAAAAGGAUCAAGGAAGAGUAAUGGAUAUUAUCUUAGAAAGACAAGGCAAUAUAUUGAAAAAACAUUGUGAAAAUAUUUAUAGAAAGUGGAAAGAAGAUGAC